AUAAAUGUAACACUGACUCUGCGAAGGGGCUGCUGAAUAAAGCCAUGUCUCAUUUACCUGCUGUCGCUCCAGUGUUCUUCCAGCUCCGCGCCCCACAUCCACCCACUGUCCUCAGACCUCAGCUGGGGCUGCACCCCAACCGUGAGUGUGACAGAGAGAAGAUGAGUGUUAGAGAUCAUGAUCCUGAAGUGCUGAUGAGAAAUUCAGCCAGAAUGCCUCCAACUCAGGCCGAAAGUGUUAUAAGGAGUAUUAUACGAGAAAUAGGACAAGAAUGUGCAGCCCAUGGAGAGAUUGUUUCUGAAACUCUGAUUGCUUUUAUGGUGAAAGCUGUUGUCCUGAAUCCAAGUAAUGGCUUUAACAUGGAUAGAACCCUCAUGAAAAGUGAUGUGCAGAAUCUUGUUAAGCUUUGUAUGACUCGGCUCUUGGAUACUAAAAAUCCAUCCCUGGACACUAUUAAGAUGCAAGUCUACUUUGAUAUGAAUUAUACAAAUCGAGUGGAAUUUCUCGAAGAACAUCACCGGGUCCUAGAGUCUAGAUUAGGCUCUGUUACCAGAGAAAUUACAGAUAACAGAGCAUGUGCUAAAGAAGAAUUGGAAAGCCUCUACCGGAAGAUUAUUAGUUAUGUGUUACUCCGCUCUGGCCUUGGAUCCCCUACAGACAUCAAGACUGUCAGAGAGGUAACAGCUGCUCUACAAAGUGUUUUCCCUCAGGCAGAGCUUGGGACAUUUCUAACUCUUUCUAAGAAGGACAAAGAACGCCAGCUGAAAGAACUCACCAUGAUUGUUACUGGAAUUCGUUUAUUUAACAGAGACUGUGGAAAAGGAGGAGAAGGCAUUGAUGAUUUGCCAGCUGUUCUCCACGUAGCAAUCCCAGCCACCAUGCAGCAUAUUGAUUCCCAGCUUGAGACUGCCCGGAGCCAGGUAUACCGCUACACAGCCAUCCUUGAGAAGGCAGCCAACGACCCACUCAUGAGGGCCAAACUUCAGCCAUAUAUGUUAAAAGAAGCGCUAUAUAAUAUACGACAAUAUGAGGUCUUCCUUCAAAUCAUUUUGUCAGAUAUAAUUACUGGUGCUCAAGAAGUGGAAAUGAUGACAAAACAGUUAGGAGCCCAUCUGGAACAACUAAAAAUGACCAUAAAAUCAAAGAUAGCGGUCCCAACAUCACAAGUCUUUCCUAUCUUCAUUGCACUUUCUACUCUGUGGACCAGCUUGCAAGACGAAACUAUUGUGAUUGGUGUCCUCAGUAAUUUAUUCACUCACAUUCAGCCAUUCUUGGGUGCUCACGAACUAUACUUCCCUGAGAGAGUGAUGCAGUGUCAUCUUAAUGAAGUGACUGUGAAAACUGAUGUGUGUAGAAUGAAAGAACACAUGGAAGAUAGAGUAAAUGUGGCAGAUUUCAGAAAACUAGAAUGGCUUUUCCCAGAAACAACAGCAAAUUUUGAUAAACUGUUAAUUCAAUAUCGGGGAUUUUGUGCUUACACGUUUGCUGCAACAGAUGGUCUUCUCCUUCCAGGAAAUCCAGCAAUUGGAAUUUUAAAAUAUAAAGAAAAAUAUUACACAUUCAAUAGUAAAGAUGCUGCAUAUUCAUUUGCAGAAAAUACUGAACAUUAUAUUGAUACAGUUAGAGAAAAGGCCAAAAAAAAUACAGAGUUAAUUCAGCUAUUGGAACUUCAUCAACAGUUUGAAACACUUAUUCCAUAUUCUCAGAUGAGAGAUGCUGACAAACAUUAUAUAAAACCAAUUACAAAAUGUGAAAGUAGCACACAGACGGAUACACACAUACUGCCACCAACAACUGUGAGAUCAUAUGAGUGGAAUGAAUGGGAAUUAAGAAGAAAAGCUAUAAAAUUGGCUAAUUUGCGCCAGAAAGUUACUCACUCAGUACAAACUGAUCUUAGUCACUUGAGAAGAGAAAAUUGUUCCCAGGUGUACCCUCCAAAGGACACUGGCACCCAGUCCAUGAGGGAAGACAGCACUGGGGUGCCCAGGCCUCAGAUUUACUUGGCUGGUCUUCGUGGAGGAAAGAGCGAAAUCACCGAUGAGGUCAAGGUGAACUUAACUAGAGAUGUGGAUGAAACCUAAUUACAGACAACGUUUUUAAAUAGGUGCUACUCAGUUAUGAACAAUAGCAAGUGCUUAAAGGUAUAUUAACAUCUAUACAAAUUAAUUUUGUAGGGGUGGCACAUUCAUUGGUUGUGUGACUGUUUAUUGGGUUCCCAUAUUUUAUCAAACUGUUUUCUGUAACACAUUUUUCAUUCUGUUAAAAUUGAAAAAUAAAACUGUCCAUUUAUCUUUUAUUUGUUA